AUGCACGAGGGUGUCUACGACUUCGAAGAACUCUUGCAGCUGCCGGUGGGCCAAGCCAGCCACGUACCAGAGUUCCUGGGCCCCGUGGAGGUGACAACCGUAGCUGGGAAAGGCCGGGGCUUGGUAGUCACUCGGGAUGUUUCGGCCGGGGAGCUCCUCUUCGCAAACCGGGCUUUCGCUGUCGCCAAGCCCUCGCAGCUCCUGGAGGCUACGGUGCGUAAGCUGGAGUGCCCGAGCCGCUGCUCCGAGGAGGAGUUUCGAAGCUUCUUCCUCCUUUGCAGCAGCAGCCAAGGCCCUGUGCCCGAGCUGCCGCAGCUGACGUGCCGCGCCCGCGAUCAGCCCGAAGGGCCCCAGUCCCAGGGGUCUCCAGUGUCCCAAGUGUCCCAAGGCCCACUUCGGCCGGUGAACCGUAGCCUGGUCAAGGCCAUCCUGGCUGCGAACGCCCACGAGCUUGACACAUCGGAUGUUGCAGGGUUGCAGUCGGCGCCCUCAGAAGUCUCCUCACUUUUCUUGACGGCCUCCUUGGUGAACCACUCCUGUAGGCCAAGCGCCGCGCGCGUCUUUCUUGGCGACAUGAUGUUUGUCCGCGCCGCCCGGGACCUCCGAAGAGGAGAGGAGAUUACCGACGGCUACAUCUCGGUGCUGCAGCCCGUCAUGGAGCGCCGCGCGGACAUCCGGAAGAGGUACGGCUUUGACUUGAACGAGGACCGUGGGCUGGUCGAGGCCGCCUUGCUCCCUGAAGCCGAGGUGCUGGCGGUGCUGCGGCGGAUGGAUGAGGCAGCAUCCCUGGAAGACUUCCAGGCUAUCUUCGAGGACAUUACGACCUUGGUCCAGAGGGGUAUGCUGCGGCUGGUGGGGCCGAGCGAGCCGAGCUGCUCUGCAAAGGUGCAGGGUGCCGCUCAGCGCCUGGGCCUGGGAUUGGAGCGCGUGCUGCUCGCGGGCGCCGGUGCGGUGCCCGUGCUCGCGGCCACUGCGGCCAUCUUGGACGCGGACAAGGCGGACAAGGAGGCCGCGCGAGCAUAUUGCCGCUGCUGCUGGAUCAUGGAGGAGCUGGCUCCGCACAACGCGUACCAUGCAAAGUGGGCAUUGGAGGCGCUGCUCUGUGCCAGCCGUGCGAGCCUGCCUUUGGAGGACUACGUGGCCUAUGCCCGCAAGGUGCUCACGUAUCACAUUGGACCCGGGACCCUGGAGACGGUGUUGCGAUGCCAGCUUGGCAAGAAGCGAAGCGGCGCCUUGCUGGACAGUUCUCAUGUGACUCAUGGGGAACUAAGGAUGUGGCCUCCGGGCGAAGUAGGCAUCACGCACCAGCGCCGCCAAACAAGCAACGGGGACGGGGAAGCCUUGGACCUGCAGCUGCAUUUGGACGAAGCUGCUCCGCCCAACGAGGUCGAGAUAUCAGCGAAUCAGAUGCUGCUGUACGUGCGUGUGCGGCAGAAGCGCGUCUACCUCGCACUUCCCGGAAGCGUGGUGCAUGGAGCGCAGGGUCGGCCUGUUCGACUCUCAAAGCAGGGGCGAAGGAUUCAGGCCUCGUUUCACUUGCAGCCUGCGUUGUCGUUGACACAGAGAGACAGUUCAGUGAUUUCAGGGGUGCGAUGGCAUUUGUUAUCUUUCGUUGACCUGCUUUUGCCACGGUUUCGUAUUUUCUCAAAGAAGGGUUAUGGAAGGAAUGAGCGAUGGAGCCGUUCGUAUCUCUCACUACGGGUAGCUGGCAGCUGUAUUGGCUCGCAGAGCUAG